AUGUCUAAUUAUAAAGUGAUAUAUUUCAAUAUCAAAGGAAUAGCUGAACCUAUAAGGUUGCUGUUAAAUUAUGGGAAUGUGAAUUUCGAAGAUGUUCGCGUUCGAUCGGAGGAUUGGCAUGCGUUAAAACCGACGAUGCCAUUUGGUGUUUUGCCUGUAUUGGAAGUAGAUGGUAAAAAGCUCCAUCAAAGUUUGGCACUAGCUCGAUAUUUGGGAAAACGGUUUGGACUUGGUGGUAAUGACGAAUUGGAAGAUUUGGAAAUCGAUGCAGUUGCUGACGCCUUUAAUGAUUUUAGAGAUAAAGUAACGAUGGCAUUUUGGAGAACUGAUCCAGAGGUUAAAGCAAAAAAAUUGCACGAAGUCCAUGAUACAAUUGUACCUUUUUAUGCAGAAAAGUUUGAUACAAUAGCUAUAGCUAAUAAUGGGCAUUUAGCUCUUGGAAGGCUAACUUGGGCUGACUUUCAAUUUGUUGGUGCCAUCGAAUACUUGAGCUUUAUGUCAAAAACUGAUAUUUUAAACGAUUUUCAAGGUCUAAAAACUGUUUAUAAUAACGUUGUAUCUUUGCCAACUAUAAAAGAUUGGAUUGCUAAAAGACCAAAAACAGAUUUAUGUCAAGUUCGUGGUUUACCAUCUGCUCAUUGGGACUUCAUGACAGAUAAGAUCGAAGAUUUAUUCUAG